UUCAUUUUGAUGUGUAAUGUUAAAAUGUUAAUUAAGAUUUAUAUUGUGCAUGCUUCUCUAAUAAAUCGAGUGUGAGUGAGGGGAAGCAUCAACUCUUCUGGAUUCGGAUUCGGAUUCGCCGGUGAAAGAUGCGACGGCGGGCUGCCGAGUUUCGGCGGCCGGUACGACGGAGGCUUUCUUAUUGGAUCUGGCUUCUCCUGGCCUUCUCCUCUAUCCUCGCUUUGCUUCUCUUCCUUCUCCAACACAAUCACCAUCACCAAGAUCCCCUUCAAUACCCUCUGCUGGAGAGUGAUGCAAGAGUUGAACAUUUUGCUAAGGAGGGUUUGAAUUUUACUGAAGAGAUUUUAAGCAUAACAUCAUUUUCGCGGCAGUUAGCAGAGCAAAUGAUUCUGGCCAAGGCUUAUGUGGUUAUUGCCAAAGAACACAACAAUCUUCACCUUGCUUGGCAGCUUAGCUCAAAGAUCAGAAGUUGCCAGCUUUUGCUUUCAAAAGCUGCUAUGACUGGUGACCCCAUCACAUUGGAGGAAGCAGAGCCAAUUAUUAAAAGCCUUUCUUCUCUUAUGUUUAAGGCGCAAGAUAUCCAUUAUGACAUUGCAACCACAAUAGUGACUAUGAAAUCGCACAUUCAAGCUCUAGAAGAGCGUGCCAAUGCAGCAAUAGUUCAAAGCACUGUGUUUGGUCAAAUAGCAGCUGAAGCAGUACCUAAGAGUCUUCAUUGCCUAAAUGUGAAACUCAUGUCUGAUUGGCUAAAGAUGCCGUCCCUGCAAGAACUCUCAGAUGAGAGAAAAAACUCCCAAAGGCUCGUGGACAACAAUCUAUAUCAUUUCUGCAUAUUUUCAGAUAAUGUCCUGGCAACAUCUGUAGUUGUAAACUCAACUGUCUUCAAUGCUGAUCAUCCAAAGCAGUUGGUCUUUCACAUUGUCACUAAUGGAGUGAAUUAUGGGGCAAUGCAAACAUGGUUCCUAAGGAAUGACUUUAAAGGAGCCACCAUAGAGGUACAGAACAUUGAGGAGUUUCAUUGGUUGAAUGCAUCUUAUUCUCCUCUUGUCAAGCAGCUUCUCAAUCCUGACUCACGAACCUUCUAUUUUGGAGCAUAUCAAGAUUUAAAUGUUGAACCCAAAAUGCGGAAUCCUAAGUAUUUGUCUCUGUUGAAUCAUCUUCGGUUUUAUAUUCCUGAGAUUUAUCCACAACUUGAGAAGGUUGUCUUCCUGGAUGAUGACCUUGUUGUCCAGAAAGAUCUGACCCCUCUUUUCUCUCUGGAUUUGCAUGGGAAUGUGAAUGGUGCAGUUGAAACUUGUCUUGAAGCAUUUCAUCGUUACUACAAGUAUCUCAAUUUCUCAAACUCAAUUAUUAGCUCGAGGUUUGAUCCGCAGGCAUGUGCAUGGGCAUUUGGUAUGAACAUUUUUGACUUGGUUGCAUGGAGGAAGGCAAAUGUGACCACAAGAUAUCACUAUUGGCAAGAGCAAAAUGCUGAUGGGACUCUGUGGAAGCUGGGGACACUUCCUCCUGCUCUUCUAUGUUUUUAUGGUUUGACAGAGCCACUUGACAGAAGAUGGCAUGUUUUAGGAUUGGGUUACGACCUAAAUAUUGACAACCGCCUCAUUGAAAGUGCUGCAGUAAUUCACUUCAAUGGGAACAUGAAGCCAUGGUUGAAGUUAGCUAUAGGCAGGUAUAAGCCACUAUGGGACAAGUACAUAAAUCAAAGUCACCCUCAUCUUCAAGAUUGUGUCACAAGUUGAAAUGCACUACUUCUCGAAUGCUGAUGGAUUAUGCAAUCUCAGAUUAUUUUAUAAUCUUGAUCUGUGGUUGCCUUAAUGUAGAGUCAGAAGUAGAGAAUUUUGACUUUGCUAGGAAAUUUUUUUCACCCCAUCUUUUAUCUUUUCCCCAAAUUUUCUUUUGAAUCAGUCUUGAAAUAGAACAGAAUGAUUUCUUAUACACUACAAAGUUGAUAUGCGUUAGGUGAAGAGAUGUGGGAGGAACCAUUUUUGGCCUGUGGUGCUAUCUUUUCUCCUUCUGCAAGUGGUAGAAUGAUUGUUCUUCUAGUAAUUCUUGUAAUAAUUUAUCAGCUCUUUCAAAUAGCAAUUGUAAUCGAAUGAAAACAAUUUUUUUUUCCUUC